AUGGCCAUGGAUUUCUCAGAGUUCCGAGUCGGGUUCAAUGAUGUAGCUCCGCCGAAGCGUCAUAGUCCUACUCCUGAUCACACGGAGAUUUAUGAUCAUUAUACGCAUACACAGCAGCACCGUGAGCCGCCGACUGCGAUGAUACAGAACAUGUCUCUUAAGCAUCAGCAGCUACAGCAGUAUCAGCAGUAUCAGCAGCGUACCCCGUCACCGCCGCGUGCGCCGGUUCGUGGGAGGAGUAAUUCCGUGAGCGACUUCCUGCCCCACGUCGACGAUCCACCACAGAUGCUCCCACCAAGCGCCCGUAUCGAACUGGAUCACAUCGAGAUCACACGCGGAGAUGUCCUAGCCUCAAUCGACCCCGAAGAUCAAAUGGAUUGGGCAGCAUCGGCGUUAAAGUAUUUCUACACCCACGACACCACCACCGAAACACAACAGACCCUCGAAAGCGCAAUCCAAAUCGUCGAGAAUUUAGCGCAGAAACACAGUCAUCCCCGCGCAAUCUACCACACCGGAAAAUGGUUCGAAUCCGGCCUGUUCGGGCGUCCGAAAGAUCGGAAAGAGGCGCUGAGAGCGUAUACCCGUGCCGCAAAACGCGGGUUCGCGAGGGCGGAGUGGAGGUUGGGGGAGGUGUAUGAGCGUGAACACGAUCAUGCAAAAACCACCGCUUGCUACCAUCGGGGGUGGUCAAAGGGUGACGCAGGCUGUGCCUUCAAGCUCGGACUGUGGACGAUUAAGGGCGAGCAUGGGGUUGGGAGGAGUUUGGCGGAGGGUGUGGAGUUGUUGGAACAAGCGGCUGUUGGGGCAGAUGAGGAUUGUCCCUUUGGGGCAUGGUUUUUGGGGUUGUUGUAUGUGGGGGACUUACCUGGUGGACCCACUCCCGAAGAGUUCCCAAGGGAUGAGGCGAAAGCGAAGAGUUUGAUCGAGCAGGCUGCGUUUCUUGGGUAUGCACCCGCUCAAAUGCGUCUUGGGCGCGCCUAUGAGUAUGGCGAGCUAUCGUGUGACUUUGACCCGGCUGUCUCGAUGCAUUACUAUGCGCUUGCCUCGAAGGGCGGGUUCAGGGAGGCUGAUAUGGCGUUGAGUAAGUGGUUUUUGGCGGGUGCGGAGGGGGCUAUGGCACCGAAUGAGGAGCUGGCGUUUAAGCUUGCGUACAGAGUCGCUAUGGAGGGCAACACCAUGGCCGAGUUCGCUAUGGGAUAUUUCUAUGAGGUUGGGAUUAGCGUGAAACCUGAUCCUAUGGAAGCGGAAAAGUGGUACGCAAAAAGCGCAGCGAAGGGGAAUGUUGAUGCGGAGACACGGAUGAACAGUAUUAAACGCUCUGGGACCUUGAAUAGGGCGGAUCAUCAGACAAUUAUGCUCACCAGGGUUAAGAGCCAGCAUCCCACCAACCGUCAACGUAUCGCGAGUCGUGAACGGAGGGAGACUCGACAAGGUGCCCCUCUUCCGCCUCUUCCCGUAGGCGCGGAUCAAGGGGCCUUGAUGCCCGAAUUGCCAGGACAUAAUUCGUUGGAUGCAAGUUCGCAUUCGUGGUCGCCGCCCAGUGGGUCAGCUAGGUUCAUGCCUGCUGCUAUUCCGGAGGAUGGGAGUGGGUAUGCGGCCCCUGUUAUGUCAUUGCCGAACAUCCCUGGACAGUAUCCCGCUUCACCGCCUAUGGCUGGGGCUCAAGCUCCGCUGUUUGCGCCGCCUUCGCAACCGGGCAAGGAGGAGAUGAUGGCUCCACCCGUGGUGCCGGUGGCUGCUCGUGGCUCUGGUCUUGGGAUCGGGGUUGAAGUUAGGCAGCAAGCGCCGAUGUUUGCUACACCUUCUGCUCCUUCUCCGCCGAUGUUCGUCACGCCGAGUGCUCCGUCUCCGCCGCGUGUGUCUCCGCCGAAGGAUUCGAGGCAGGCUCGUUCGGGUCAUGGUCAUCAUGGCCAGGGACACUACGGACAGCAUGGGUAUCGCCAGGGAAGCCAUUCGCCGCACAGACAUUCACCGCAGGGAUCCCCGAGACUCCAACCAGAACCCAUCCCGCAACAAGCAUUCUCUCCACCCCACGGUCUCAGUCCCCAUGACUAUACCCAAUUACAAGUGCAAGGUCACCCAACCCAACAUCUUCCCACGAGUCCACGUCCGCACGAUCCCCAACGUCAACGCCGGCAUAUGUCAGAGGCUCCAAGGCCAGUCAGCGGGAAUGGACAUGUGCAGCAGAAGCAGAGACCACACAGUGCGUUACCGAUGAAUGCGCCCGUUACGGCUGUUGGGCCGCCGCAUCCUCAGCAGAUUGCGCAGCAGAUGAGCACGAGGCAGUUGCAAAAUCAGCAUAGAAUGAAAGGGCCCAAGUAUCAGGGUCAGGAGAGGGCGCGUCCGGUUACGCAGUCGCUCCCAGCGCCUGUACCGGCGCCGACAGUUCGGGCGACUCAGACAGCUACACCGCAAGGGAUGAAGAAGGGACCGGCUACGUUUGAGGAGAUGGGGAUUCCGAAUGUUGCGAAGGAUAAGCAUGAUUGUGUCGUUAUGUAA